CGGGGCACGCUGGGAACCCCGGGGGGGGCGGGGCCUCGCGGCCCUGCAGCCUCGUCAGGCUCAGUCCCCUCCCGAUAAACCCCUAAAUAGGGACUUUCCCGGGGGGUGACCCUGGCUUUUUUGGCGAAAACCCCCAGUUUAAGGAGGCCUUCCCCCUGGCUUCACGUUGUGGAGUCGAAAGGAACCUUGAAGCGGAGAAUGAGGGAGCUCGUGACGUGGACCCGAGGAAAAAACCUGCCAACCAGUAUUUAAUAGAAUUCAGCUCUUUUAGGCGUUUUGAAGGGAAGGCGAUUUGAACGGGGUUUUAAUGAAAAACCCGGUCGCGUCGGCUUUUCUUUUUCCCUCUCUCAGGUCUCGUCCCGUGAUGGUCCUGCUUUAUUUUAAAAAAUUAAAUGGCGCAUAUUCCCCAGCAUCCUAAAUCUAGUGCAACCUAGUGGCAGGUGGAGAAAAAAUAACUACCAACCGGGCUUCCUGCGAGGUCCCCUGGGGUUCUCGCAAAGUUCUGACCCAGCCGGCAAAAACAAAGUGUGCAAAGACUCAACUGGAUAUUGCCACUAAGAAUCAAGAGAUUUUUUGGGGUACUUGAGCAAGAAAACGUUAUUUUUAAAUGCCCUGCUCCAGAGCUUGCUACAAAUGAUACAACGUGUCAUGACAGCUACUGGUAACGUUUUUAUCCCUGGAUGGCUGGCUUGGGUGCAGAUGUUUGGAGACCUUUUAAAGACACCAUGCCACAAGAAGACUGAUCUCUUCCACUGUUUUCACCAUGGAGGACUCCGGAAAGACUUUCAGCUCUGAGGAAGAAGAAGCUAACUAUUGGAAAGAUCUGGCAAUGACCUACAAGCAGAGGGCAGAAAAUACACAAGAGGAGCUCCGAGAAUUCCAGGAGGGAAGCCGAGAAUAUGAAGCUGAAUUGGAGACGCAGCUGCAACAAAUUGAAACCAGGAACAGAGACCUCCUGUCAGAAAAUAACCGCCUUCGAAUGGAGCUGGAAAGCAUCAAGGAGAAGUUUGAAGUGCAGCACUCUGAAGGCUACCGGCAGAUCUCAGCCUUGGAGGAUGACCUCGCACAGACCAAAGCCAUUAAAGACCAAUUGCAGAAAUACAUCAGAGAGCUGGAGCAAGCAAAUGACGACCUGGAAAGAGCCAAGCGAGCCACAAUCAUGUCUCUCGAAGACUUUGAGCAGCGCUUAAAUCAGGCCAUCGAAAGAAACGCCUUCCUGGAAAGUGAACUUGAUGAGAAAGAGAAUCUCCUGGAGUCCGUUCAGAGACUGAAGGAUGAAGCCAGAGAUUUGCGGCAGGAACUGGCCGUGCAGCAGAAGCAGGAGAAACCCAGGACCCCCAUGCCCAGCUCAGUGGAAGCUGAGAGGACAGACACAGCUGUGCAGGCCACGGGCUCCUUGCCAUCCACACCUAUCACCCAUCGAGGACCCAGCUCGAGUUUAAACACACCCGGGAGCUUCAGACGUGGCCUGGACGACUCCACAGGGGGGACGCCCCUCACGCCUGCGGCCCGGAUCUCAGCCCUCAACAUUGUGGGAGAUCUACUGCGGAAAGUUGGGGCACUGGAGUCCAAACUCGCUUCCUGCCGGAACCUUGUGUACGAUCAGUCCCCAAACCGAACAGGUGGCCCAGCCUCUGGACGGAGCAGCAAGAACAGAGAUGGCAGCGACAGACGGCCCGGCAGCACCAGCGUGCCUUUGGGUGAUAAAGGGAGAGAAAAUUGAGACCCUGUGAGACCCUGCUCCUGACUCUUGAUGUUCACCCCUAGACCUCUGUGGGCCCCGGUGCUAGCCAGUUUCUCACAGCUGUCAUGUCAGCUUAAUUUGGUUUGCUCUGUCUGAAGGUUGGGGAAGCGCCUGCAAUUUGGGAAGCCGCCAUCACACAUAUCUUCGCCGCCGCUGCCGUCAGCCCAGGGGGUAGUCAAGAUGUUGCUUUAGGAAAACCACGGAAGCUGAAGCUCUUGGUGUCGGUGCGGGAGUCGUUACUGUUUGUCGUCUUUUUACACUAGGUUUUUGUUUUGUUGUAAGUUAGAGAAAUAAGAACCAGCACUCACCAUAGUUGACUUUGCAGCCCAAGCCAAUGACAGGCCGUCACCUGUGAUCUGGGGUUUGCCCCUGGGAAACGUCUACUCAUCCCUGCCUGCCACUGUGUGCACUGCAAAGAGGGAUAAACGGGGCUUUCUGGGAAAAGCCCUAAGGUGUCGGUGAUGAGGCUACCCUGUUUUUGUUUGUUUUUGUGUUUUGAAAUAGAGUCUCGCUCUCU